AUUAUCUAGUAAUUACUUUUCUAGUGUUUCCAAAGCAACAUUAUUAACACGAUUACAAUCGGCAUUUCUUCUGUUCACAUCAACACAAGUUCAGUCUAAUCCACAUGCAUUUGUUGAUCGAUGUAUUGUACAAUUAGUUAAACUUGUUAAUCGUCUUAUACAAGAUUUAGUUACACCGAACAGUAAUUCUAAUGCUCAAGAAUCUGGUACAUCUGCACAGCUUACUGACUUACUAAUUAUGGGUCUUGAAAUGAUCAAGUCGCGAUUGAAUGUUGUUAGUCAUGAAAUGCGUAAAACUAUCUUUGGUCCAGAUUUAUGUUUAAUAAUGGAUAGAGCACGAGAUCCUCGUUUAUUCUGUGCUGUUCUACAAGUUUUACGUGAUUGGAUAAAUGUACCAAAAUCAGAAGAACAUUUUGCUCCAACAGCUCGUGAAAAAGUCAACUUUUUCUAUAGACUUUGGCAAGCUUAUCCACGUUGGAUUGACAAUUCACCUGAUGUUGCCAGAGAAAUUCUUGAAUGCGUGUACGAUGUUUAUGCCAGUACAAGUGUAUUUAAAAAUCAUGAUCUUUAUAUGAAAUUGGAACAAGCCUUUUGUUGUGGCCUUAUAUCACCAUUUCCUGAUAUUAAUGAACGUUUCAUUUCUUUGUAUUUGGAAGCAUCUCAAAUUCGUUAUCCAACUAAUAGUUAUUCACGUAGAAUAGAUGUUAAUGUAUCAAAUUGCAAUAAUGAAAAUAUUCCUUUAUCAUCAUCAACUGAUCCGAUCGAUUCUUAUUCUGACAAAGAAAUUUUAUCUGCUGAUCAAUCGAUUUCAUCAAAUUAUUCUUGUGCUUCACUAUUAGUUCGACUAUUAUUUCUUCUUGUUUCCAACACUUGGGAUGAAGCUCAUUUUCGUGACGGAUUUUGGUUAUCUGUAUUUUUAGACGUACUGUUGUGCGAUGUGGAUACAACCGCUCCACCAAUGUUGUCCAUAAAUGCUCAAUGCUUUAAUAACAUUUUCAAUUAUUGUUCGAAAUUACCCAGUGUCUCAACAAAUGAAAUAUCAAUUGAUUGUUUGAUCCCUGAACAAACUACCACUCAACAAUCAUGUGACCCACUUCCAAUUAACGAAUUUAAAGUUCUUAUCGAAUCACAAAUUAAAGGGUUAAAUGAAUUACAUAAACUGUCAAUCAAUGCAGGACUACGAGGUAUGCUAUGUCUCGCUCAUAAACGUCCAGCCCUGGCUAGCAAUAUUUUUCAGCAACUUUGGCCUCAAAUAUGGGAUCGUUUACUGCUACAACAGUCAGAAACGUUUUGUUCUUCAUCUGAGUCUAAGCCAGCAGAAUAUUCUGAAACAAAUUCAUCCGUUCAAGAACAUUACAAUCCAUUGCAAACGGGCUUCGUGCAUGAAUCACUACAGACUGGCUGCUUAGAAUCAUCAAUCUUAUCUGAUAGUCCUGCAGUAAAUGGUCAUAAUUUGUCUCCAAAUGAAAUUCGGGGUUUCGUUAUUCCUCAGUUGAUUCGUUUCCUAACCUCAGAUCAGCAUGUACAUCCAGCUGAACCUCAACCGAGUUCCCUUGGGGCUUUCUUCAAUGCUUUGGCCUCAUGCCCAGAUACACUGCUAAUUCAUUUACCCUUACCUGCGAUCACUUAUCUAGGACAAGCUCACAACCAAUGGUAUACAGUUGUUCUAUUUCUUGAAUCAAUGUGUUUUCAAGCAUCUAAAUUUAAUAGCCAAUGCAUUUUGAAUGAUUUGAUCUACUCAGUCGAUCCGCCUUCCAAUGAACAGACUGACUUUGUUCUUUCUAAUUUAAAACCCCAUGAAUUCCCAUUUGGAGCUGCAACUCUAUCACUCAUUUCAUUAUAUAAUGAAAUGAAUGAUAUUGACUUUUUAACUUUCGCUUGGUGGUAUCGACUAUCUUCUCACCAGCGACAUCAAAAGUCAUUCGUUGAAAAUAUGAACGAUUCUGUACGGUCAUCGUCAGUACUUACAUGUUUAGAAUUUGCUCAGCAUGGUUACCUCUUACGAUCUUUGGAUUAUGCUAUGGAUAAUCUUUCAGGUAGUCAAGUUCUGAGUACUACGAAUUCACUAGAAGCAUCAUCAUGUGUGGGAAGUUCAGCAUCAUUAAACCGUGCAGCUGCUGCCGCAGCCGCAUCAUCGUCCAACUCAUUUCCUUCCAGCCGCACAAAUAUUCUUGCAGAUCCUUCACUACAUUUAGGAGAACUUGUUAAUCGUGCACGUCUUCGUGAUUACUGUGUCCUACAAUUAAAACAACUUGGUCAAUGGGAAAGUCUAGAUUCUUUAGCAUCUUCUAUUCAAUCGGCCAAUCAUAUGACUAGUUCAUUCGGUUCUACUUCAACUGCUGGCGGAAAUCCGAACACUGCAGCUGUUGUUAGUUCAAGCAAUUCUGGUGGUUCUAGUUACUGGGGUUUAAAAGCAGAUGCAGCAUGGAGACGAAGUGAUUGGUCUGAAGUAUAUUAUGAUUUGGCUAGAUUGGCUAAUGAAUGUCCUCGUAGUGAACUACCAAGAUAUGCUCUUAUUCAAGCCGCAGCUUGUGUAGCAGGACGUCGAGCACCUGGACUGGGAACAAUCAAUAAUCCAAGUGUAGAUAUUAUUGAAUCUUAUAAUCCUAGUUUAAAUUCAAAUGAUAUAUCCACUGGAUCAACAACUACUGGUCCUAAUUCAUCUGUUCCAAAUAAUACUAAUUCAACUAAUGUCACUUCAACUCCUUCGUCUAAUGCCCUGCAUUCUAAUACUGGAUCUGUAUCACCUAUGAACAAUAUUGUCAAUAUGAUUCAUGCUUCAGAACAAGAAAGUCAUCGUGUUGUAACUGUUACACUUAUGGAAUGGAGGCGUUUGCCUCUUAUCGUUACUGCUCAACAUAUACCAUUACUUCAGAUUGCUCAUCGUGCAGUUGAAAUAACCGAAGGUAAUAGUUUAUUAGCUCAAUAUUGUGGCCAUGUUCUGGGUGGUUCUACUCUUGGUUCUGGCGUGUCUAAUUCUUCUUAUUCUAGUCCUAGUCAAACCAGUUCUGGUUCAUCCACACCAGUACCACAAACAAAUUCAAUUUCCACAUCUGCAUCAUCAGCAAAUAUGCGUUUACCUUUUAAUCAAGCACUUCAUGAUUAUAAAACUGUAUUCAAGUCAUGGCAAAGUCGACCAUGUUCAAUUGGAGAUGAUUUAGGAUUUUGGCAUGAUCUUUAUUCAUGGAGACAAGUAGUUGAAGAAUGUAUCAUUAGCUGUCACCCAUUUUCCCAAAAGUUGAAAUCCGAAAAUAGUAAUUUAAUUGCGCUAUGUCAGCGUGAAUUAGCAUUGAGCCAAUUACAACUUGCUCGUGGUGCACGCAAAUGUCGUUUCCCAAGCAUUGCUCAACAACAUUUAGACAGAUAUACACGUAUGAAUCUGCCACCAUUAUUUGAGAAAACUAAACAAGAAAUCAAGUUAAAAUUAACCGAUCUACGUAAAGAUGAACUUUUGGAGGGAUUGGAACUUAUGGAGAAGACUAAUAUUCAACAGUUUGAAAAGAAAGACCGAGCUAAAUUCUUCUGCUAUAAGGCUGUUUUCUUCUCUCAUUUUAAUAAAGGCGAUGAAGCAACAAAGAAUUUCGGUUAUGCAACUCAAAUGCAAGACAAUCUACAUAAAGUUUGGUCAAUUUAUGGUGACUUUUUGGAAAAUGUUUAUUCUAGCUAUCCAUCUGUAAAACGUGAAGUUGCUGUAUCGACAACCGGUAUUUUUGCUAUGCUAGCGCUUAUGGAAGCUGCUAGCGUUUCUGGUGAUAUUGAACGAAAAAGCCGGGGUGAUAUUGCCAAGUGUUUAUGGUUAUUAACACUUGAUGAUGUUAACGGUCAACAACGCUUGGGACAUACUUUUGAAGCUAGAGCUAGUCGAGUUCGACCAGAAGUUUUUUUACCAUGGCUUCCGGAUCUUGUAGCAUCUCUUUUACGUCCAGAAGGUCGUUUUAUCGUUCCCGCUUUACGUAGAGUAAUAAUUGCCUAUCCUACAGUUCUUUAUGGUCAUUUAAAAGGUUUACAACAUCAGUUAGCUACUGAAGUUAACAAUGAUCAAAAACUUGCUGAAAUCAUUCAUAAUCCUGAAAGUAAAGAUGAUCCUUAUAUUAUUGCUAUUCAAAAUCGUAUUACAUCAACACUAGGUUCAGGAAAAGAAGCAUUCAUAAAAUGCGGUAAUUUGUCUUGGUCAUUGAAUCGUGGAACUGGUACAUUUGAUAAUCAUAAUUCCGAUGGACAAUCAGGUUACAGUUUUGGUAGUACACAUCAACCAUUUUCAUUAUCUUCAACAUCUUGUAACACUCCUAAAAUUGGUUCUCAUAAUAACAAUAAUAAUAAUUCCAACACCAUUUAUCCUAAUUCUUGUGGAGUUAAUUCAUCGGUUUCGUCGAAUUCUAAUGCUUUGAGUAAUUCGAAGAAAAAGAAGCGUGUAAUUGUUGUUAUGCGAGGUGUUGAAGGUGAACGAUUGAAUACGUCACCUAGUUCUUCACCACCGCCACAUCCACUAACACCAACACUAAAACAACAGAAACCUGAUUUAAUUGGACAAUCAUCUCGUUCAAUAAAUCAUCCUAAAAAGGUUGUUAUUCGUGGAUCAGAUCAUGACUCAACAAUACCUCCUAAUGCAGAUCACGAUCAAAUUGAUUAUUUAAGUGAAGAUGCUGAAAUGACAGAAUUAGAAGAAGAUACUGAGAUAACUGAUGCUGAUCGCGAUGAUGAGGAUGAUGAUUUCACUGGAAAUGAAGAUAUAGGAUUAUAUGAAACUGAUUCAAGUACUAAAAAUGUUAUCAAUGAUUUAGAGCCCAAAGUUGUCUUAUCCGAUAUUGAUGAUGAUGCUGUUAGUAGUGAUCCUGUUACUGGCGCCAUUUCAACUGAUUUAGUCGAACAAACAGUAGAUAUUGGCUAUGGAAAUUCAGUAACUGGUUGUUUGUCUAAUUCAGUUGUUCAUGGUCUUCACUAUGCAAAUAUUCUAAUUAAUCAACUUAAACGUAAGCAUCCAGCUCGUUUAUAUGUAGUGGAUUUAUUCACAAAUGAAGUCGGUGGUCGUUUAAGGCCUUCAUGGUCUGAACAAUUUUUAUCUCAACUAUGCUCAGUUCUGGAUUAUCUUCAACGUCUUGCGUACGCUCAUUUACAUCCGGGUAGACGGUGGAAUUUUAAAAGUUUGGAAACACAAACUAUUCCACUUUGGUUAGCUACUGAAUUAAAAAUAAUGGCCCGUUAUUGUGGUAUGCCAAGAAACACAUUUCGCUCGUCGCAUAUGACAGAAAAUACAACUCUUCACAGUUCAGUCAAAUUUGAUUCAAGCUCUCAAGUUGUUAUGUCUACCGAUUCUCAAAAUGAUGAAAAAGAGAAGUCGAAAUCCCCUCAAUCAAAAUUGACUACCCGAGCAUCCGCUUGUAUCAAACCAAAAACCAAUCUUGAUACUGCUUCUGAACAAGAUGAUCCUAAAUUAUCCAAUGAGCCACAAAAGCAAUCUGUUUUAUUGCCAAACAUGCCAGCUUUUCACGAAGUUGAUCGAAUAGCAUCUGAAGUCUUAUCUGCAGAGUGUGAAAAAGAUCCAUUUUUCAAACACCUCCGUGAUACACUGUCUACUGAAAUGACGAAUUUACAAAAUGAGAGCAUAUUGUCUCUAAUCGAAAAGCUGACACGACAUUGGAUCCCAAUGGUUGAACAACAUGUAGCUAAAUUACCUGUUCGUACUCAUAUUUCCAGUUACGGGGCAAAACGCCUAUUAGAACUACCUAAUAUAGUCUCACCUGUCAGUACACCUAUUACGCCUUCCUCGAAAUCAAAUGUAUCAAAUGCACCACAACUAUAUUCUGUUUUCUCCUCAAUUCCGACAUUUCCUUGUCUCGAACUCCCUGGGGAGUCAGGGAUUCUCCAGUCAUCUGCGGUAAAUCUAGGUUCAAUGGCUAAUUCCCAUCAUUCUCAAAACGAAUCCAGUCAACAAAUAGGUGGCUACAUUAAUAAUAUUCCUUUAUAUCUUCAUGUAGCUGAAAUUAUGCCACACGUGGAGCGAAUUCGUUGUUCAUCUGGUGCAUUUGCUCCACCUGCCCGUCGUAUCGGUCUCCGAGCUAGUAAUGGAAGGUUAUUUUUUUACGAUUUACCUUGUCCAAGCACUCCUCCAAUUAUGGAUCUAGCUGUCACGCAGAUAGAUGCAUUGAAUGGUGCAAAAUGUCAUGAACUUCUCAAUGCAAUUUCUAUUAAUGAAUCUACCAAUCUUGAACAUCUAACUGGAAAGGAAUUUUGCCCAUCGGCUUAUAUAAGCUGGAGACAGAAUGGUCCUCUUCAAUUAUUCCAGAUGAUUAAUUCUGUAUUGCUUGGACAGCCGGAAACAGCUAAAAGAAAUCUCUCAUUAUUUGUUUCAAGGCGAAUGGAAGUUGGUCCUUCUGGACUUUACUUAACUCAAGUUGGAUCAUCUGUAUCGGCAGCGAAUGUUAGUAUAGCCAGUGCAUGUCCUCUACCAUCUGCGAACCCAGUAAAUAAUCGUAGACUUACAGCUUUAGCAAGACCACCUCCUGUUGGACCCAGUUUUCCAUCAACCUCCGUGGAUGAGAAUCCAACUAAUCACGUUUCAUCAUCAACAUCAUUCUGUGAAGAAGCUUUCAAACAAUAUUCUUGGUCUUUAUCUUUUGCUGAAUCUCAUUUAACUCCACAGAAUAUCGAUAAGAAUCAAUUAUCUUGUCAAGGAAUCUUGGAAUCUCUUAAGGCCCGAAUCCGCGUACCAUCUCCUCCACCUGGACCACUACCGAAUUUAAUGACUAUUCAACCAACUAGCUUGAUUAAUCAAUCAACAGUUGUUGGAAGUGCUGCUAUGGCUUUGGAGGCUAUUGGACGUCCAGCUGGAUUAGAUGCUGGUUGUCGUUGUGUUUGUAAUACUGUUUUUGGUAUUUUAGAAAAAUCUAAUUGUACAUUAUUGUUUAACUCUAAAUACAAACAGAAAUACAAAUUUGAUGAUUUAUUACAAUCUAUGAAAUCGGAACACCAACAAGAAGGUAAAAUAAAAACUAAAUCUUCCUCUGAUCGAAUUCAAAGCUUAAUGAAUUCUUCUAUUCUUAAAAAUUCACCAACUGGUUAUCGAAAUUUCAUUUGUUUAUUUUAUGAAUAUAUUUCAAAAAUAUCCAAUCAGAAUGAAAUUACAAAUCAUGAUUUAUUUAAAAUAUUUCUUGAUCUUUCAUCACGAAUUCCACAGGCUCCAAAUAUUCGUGAUCCUGUAUUUUCAAACCUGGGAACGUUUGGUAAUGAUAAUGAUGAUUUAGAUAAUCAAAAGAUGACUUUGGAAUCUUUAAAAAAUCGAUUAGAAUUCCCACGUGGUAAACUUCUUCAGCAUUGGGCAAAAAAUCAAAUGCUUGAUUCUGAAAGUUAUUGGUUGUUGCGCCGUCGUCUAGCACAUAAUCUUGGAACUUAUGGACUUAUAGAACGAUUGUUUCAUUUAACACCUCUUCAUCCAGGUUGUCUAGUAAUCGAUCCACGUUCUGGUCAUGCUGAAGCGCAUCAUGUCUGUUUUGGAUUGCCAGGAGAUAAUUCUUCGUCAGAACAAUCUCAUUUGUUGAAUUCAGAAAAAGGAUUUAAUCAACCAUACUUUAUUUCUUGUUUCAAUCAAUCCAUGCUUAUACACAAGCUGGAAAAAUCUGGUAAAAAACACUCUUCGAAUAUUCAGUUGUCUUCUAAAAUCUCAACUGAUUCUCCCACCAUUGAUGAUAUUAGUGAUAAAUGGUUAAGUCACUAUCGUCCAGUACCAUUUCGUUUAACGCCACAUUUAGCUGGUCUUGUUUGCUUACCUGGAGCUCCAGCAAAAGUUGGUCCUUUCGCAGCUAGUUUCACUACAACUGCACAAGCUUUGAUGAAUGCGCCAUAUGAUCAUAGUUUAACCAGUCUUUAUCGAACACUUUUACGUCGUGAUUAUAUUCUAUGGCAUCGAGGCAGACAAUCUUCUAUAUAUGCUUAUCAAUUACUUAUGAGUGAGCAAGAUGAAACGAUUCAACAAUCAUCAUCAGCAUCAUCAGAAACUUGUCAACCUUCAUCAUCAUUUUCUGAUGAGAAUGAAUCUUCAACAUUGAAUUGUUGUUAUUCAUCAUCACCAACUCUUGUACCAGAUUUGACUAAUGAACAGUUAAUUACACUGAUAAAUUGUACAAUAGAAUCAAUGAAUGGUAAAUUAAAAGUUGCUUCCGACUACUCGGGAACUGAACCAAAAUCAUGGAAACUUAUCGAUGAAGCCACAAAACCUUCAAAUUUAAUUCACAUGGAUCCAAAUUUAUUACCUUGGUUGUAAACAAUAUUAUUUUUUAGAAAUUGUAUCACAUUUUGUUUCUUGAAUUUCUCUCCUCCAAUAUAAUCAUCAGGUCACUAUGGAAAAUAAUCAUCCGGUUUUAUUAAAUUAUCUUAUUGUUUAAAAUUGAAUCUUUGUUUCUUUACGUGUAAACAGUCGAAAUGUUUUUGUAUUGUUCGUCCUCCUUUCUUUUGAUACUUACCGUAGGAUUUUGAGAUUCCCCUGUCUAUUUUAUUAUUAUUAUUAUUCAUUGUCUUUAAUGUUCAGUUGGCUUUUUUCUGUCAAUGUUCUCUCAUGUUAAUAAUGUUAUUGUUAAUGUAAAUAGUAAAUGCUGAUGUACUUAAAUUCAUUUUUUAUAGUUAUUAUUAAAAGAAACAGUAUUCAUUGAAUGUGAGAGUAUGUCUUCUAAUUUUCUACACUUCGUUUCCAUCUCUUCAUAUUUUUGUCAUGGAUUUUUACAUUAUUUAGAAUCAGUUAAGUCCUAUCAUAGUUAAUUCGAUUAGCAGUACGUUGUUGACUUAGUUACUUUCUUGAUGACUGUAUGAUGUUUUCCUCUGCACGAGACUCAAAGAUCUCAGUUCGACAGUAUGUCUUUGGUUUUAUACAUUUACGGACUUAACAAACAUCUGUGUGGUUGUGUCGGUUUCUUAGCUGAUGUUAUUUCACAGUCAAACACUUUCUAUUAACAUUAAGUGUUCAUUUUAAAUAAAGUCCGACGGAAUGAAACAUCUCAAAUACCAUUAUCAUUUUAUAGUAUUCUUCACUGAACUGACUAAUUGAGGAUUUAAAUCUUACUUUCAUAGUUAAGAUUUAUAGAGUUAUGUUCAGUGUUAUUAAUUUUGUAAAGUUUCUAGAUCUUCAAUCAGUGUAUUUACCAAAUAUAGUAUUCUCGAAUGUAAGUCCCUGGUAUACUGUAAAUGCGACAUAAAAUAUCAAUAUACUAUCAUUACAAAUUAACUAACCAUCUCAUCAGUUGUGAAAUUCUUUGAAUUAUCUUAAUUGGAUUAACACUUCAUAUUGUGAAUGAAUCAAGAUUGAUCUCUUAUAAAUACUGAGAUAAAUUAGAUGAUACC